ACCGGACCGUGAAGCUUUGCGUUUCCUCUUUCCAGCCAGCGCCUUGCGAUGGGAAUCUCCCGGGACAACUGGCACAAGCGCCGCAAGACCGGGGGCAAGAGAAAACCCUAUCACAAGAAGCGAAAGUAUGAGCUAGGACGCCCGGCUGCCAACACAAAGAUUGGCCCCCGUCGCAUACACACAGUUCGGGUGCGAGGAGGCAACAAGAAGUACCGUGCCCUGAGGCUGGAUGUGGGGAACUUCUCCUGGGGUUCUGAGUGUUGUACUCGCAAAACAAGGAUCAUUGAUGUUGUCUACAAUGCAUCCAAUAACGAGCUGGUCCGCACCAAGACCCUGGUGAAGAACUGUAUUGUGCUCAUUGAUAGCACACCGUACCGGCAGUGGUACGAGUCCCACUAUGCUCUGCCCCUGGGCCGCAAGAAGGGGGCCAAGCUGACUCCUGAGGAGGAAGAAAUUUUAAACAAAAAACGAUCAAAGAAAAUUCAGAAGAAAUACGAUGAAAGGAAAAAGAAUGCCAAGAUCAGCAGUCUUCUUGAGGAACAGUUCCAGCAGGGCAAGCUUCUUGCUUGCAUUGCUUCGAGGCCAGGCCAGUGUGGCCGAGCAGAUGGCUACGUGCUAGAAGGCAAGGAGUUGGAGUUUUAUCUGAGGAAAAUCAAGGCUCGGAAAGGCAAAUAAUUACUCCCUCCCAUCCUAGCUCAUGUAAUAAAGGUUUGUUCUAUGUUUGUGAUGUCUG